GUUGGCCUGCAAUGUGUGCUGCUGCUCUGCGCUGGGAGGACACCCGUUCCAAGUUGCCAGCGGUCACUUUGGGGUGAAGCGGACAUUUCCAGCUCAUGGCGCAUUAGCCAGCCUGGGAUAGGAUCGUUGUCUGGACGAUUGAGACUGCCACUCACAAUGUCGUCCAACCGGGGCCAGAACCCCCAUGGGCUGAAGCAGAUCGGCCUGGACCAGAUCUGGGAUGAUCUCCGAGCCGGGAUCCAGCAGGUCUACACCAGACAGAGCAUGGCCAAGUCCCGCUACAUGGAGCUCUACACCCAUGUGUACAACUACUGCACAAGCGUGCACCAGUCCAACCAGGCCCGGGGGUCCGGCGUCCCCCCUCCCAAGUCGAAGAAGGGCCAGACGCCUGGCGGGGCUCAGUUCGUCGGCUUGGAGCUAUACAAACGACUUAAGGAGUUUUUGAAGAAUUACUUGACAAAUCUUCUUAAGGAUGGAGAAGACUUGAUGGAUGAGAGUGUCCUCAAGUUCUACACGCAGCAAUGGGAAGACUACCGGUUCUCCAGCAAAGUGCUGAACGGUAUCUGCGCCUACCUCAACCGACACUGGGUGCGCCGAGAGUGCGACGAAGGGCGGAAAGGAAUCUACGAGAUCUAUUCACUUGCACUAGUGACUUGGAGAGACUGUCUCUUCAGGCCGUUGAAUAAACAGGUGACAAACGCUGUUUUGAAACUGAUUGAAAAGGAAAGAAAUGGUGAAACCAUCAACACAAGACUGAUCAGUGGCGUGGUGCAGUCUUAUGUGGAGCUGGGCCUGAACGAAGACGACGCGUUCGCCAAGGGCCCCGCGCUAACCGUGUACAAGGAAUCCUUCGAGUCCCAGUUCUUGGCCGACACCGAGAGGUUCUACACCAGGGAGAGCACCGAGUUCUUGCAGCAGAACCCCGUCACCGAGUACAUGAAAAAGGCCGAGGCCCGGCUGCUGGAGGAGCAGCGGCGCGUCCAGGUGUACCUGCACGAGAGCACGCAGGAUGAGCUCGCCCGCAAGUGUGAGCAGGUGCUCAUCGAGAAGCACCUUGAGGUCUUCCACACGGAGUUCCAGAACCUGCUCGACGCCGACAAGAACGAAGAUCUGGGCCGCAUGUACAACCUCGUGUCCAGGAUCCAGGAUGGCCUGGGGGAGCUGAAGAAGCUCCUGGAGACACACAUUCACAACCAGGGUCUGGCUGCGAUUGAAAAGUGUGGCGAAGCCGCCCUAAACGACCCCAAGAUGUAUGUGCAGACCGUGCUGGACGUGCACAAGAAGUACAACGCCCUGGUCAUGUCGGCCUUCAACAACGACGCAGGCUUCGUGGCCGCUCUCGAUAAGGCCUGCGGACGCUUCAUCAACAACAACGCAGUGACCAAGAUGGCGCAGUCGUCCAGCAAGUCUCCAGAGCUGCUGGCGCGCUACUGUGACUCCUUGUUGAAGAAAAGCUCCAAGAACCCCGAGGAGGCCGAGUUGGAGGACACACUAAACCAAGUGAUGGUUGUCUUCAAGUACAUCGAAGACAAGGACGUCUUCCAGAAGUUCUAUGCCAAGAUGUUGGCCAAGCGCCUGGUGCAUCAGAACAGCGCAAGCGAUGACGCUGAGGCCAGCAUGAUCUCCAAGCUGAAGCAAGCCUGUGGCUUUGAGUACACAUCCAAGCUCCAGCGCAUGUUCCAGGACAUUGGCGUGAGCAAGGACCUAAACGAGCAGUUUAAGAAGCACCUGACCAACUCUGAGCCCCUGGACCCAGGUGGUGCCGGCGGGCCCAGGGCGGUGGGCCCAGCAACUGACUGUCUGUACCCCACAGUGGACUUCAGUAUCCAGGUCCUGAGCUCCGGGUCAUGGCCCUUCCAGCAGUCCUGCACCUUCGCACUGCCUUCUGAGCUGGAACGGAGUUACCAACGGUUCACAGCCUUCUACGCCAGCCGACACAGUGGCCGGAAGUUGACAUGGCUGUAUCAGCUAUCCAAAGGGGAAUUAGUAACCAACUGUUUCAAGAACAGAUACACUUUGCAGGCCUCGACGUUCCAGAUGGCGAUCUUGCUGCAGUACAACACGGAAGACGCCUACACUGUCCAGCAGCUGACAGACAGCACACAGAUCAAAAUGGACAUUUUGGCCCAAGUGCUCCAGAUUUUACUCAAGUCCAAGUUGCUGGUCUUGGAAGACGAAAAUGCAAAUGUUGAUGAGGUGGAACUGAAGCCAGAUACCUUAAUAAAAUUAUAUCUCGGCUAUAAAAAUAAGAAGUUAAGAGUGAACAUCAACGUGCCAAUGAAAACAGAGCAAAAGCAGGAACAAGAAACCACACACAAAAAUAUUGAAGAAGACAGAAAAUUGCUGAUUCAGGCAGCCAUCGUGAGGAUCAUGAAGAUGCGGAAGGUCCUGAAGCACCAGCAACUGCUGGGGGAGGUGCUGACGCAGCUGUCCUCGCGCUUCAAGCCUCGGGUCCCGGUCAUUAAGAAAUGCAUUGACAUUCUGAUUGAGAAGGAGUACUUGGAGCGAGUUGAUGGGGAAAAGGACACCUACAGCUACCUGGCCUAGCCACCUCGGAUGGUGUGGCCGAGCAGCUGGCUGCUGGAGGUGGGAAGUGGGAGACCGAUGCCCCAGGGCGGCUUCAGGCCUGCACUCAAUCGCUCAGGACUGACACUCCGUCUGUGCUUAUGGACGCAACGCCAUUUAAUCUACCCUAAGGACCGAGAGGACGGGCCUCCACUGAGGCUGCAUGCCACUGCAUCACGUCAGCACACGCCGUCCUCGAGGCCAGAGGGCGGGCGCCCGGCCAGGCACCGCCGCUGUGGAGAUGUUUGUACAGUGUGCUUCAUUUUUUAAUGUGUGAGAAUAAAGAGAAUUAAAAGAUUUCUGUACAAGUCGCAUUUGGUUUUGUUUUAAGUUUUACUAAUUUCUAUAUGUAAAUAAAAGAUAUAAUGAUUAUG